AUGACAAAAGACAUCCCCGUCUCAGCAUCGUCCGAUACUGAUAAUGCCUCAACACAACCAACGCCGAAACGAACAUGGUACCACACCACCCUCUUCAAUGCCUUCGUCAUCGGUGGUGUGGGAUUCAUGGCCCCAGGUCUAUGGAAUGCAAUGAAUUCAUUAGGUGCCGGAGGUGCGGAAUCGCCGUUUUUGAUUAAUGCGGCGAAUGCAUUGGUUUUUGGACUGAUGGGCUUUCUGUGUCUGUUCGGUGGACCAAUUGCCAACCGGAUUGGAUUGAAUUGGACCUUGUUGCUGGGAGCGGUUGGAUAUCCGAUUUAUUCGGCUGCAUUGUAUACGAACAACCGCUAUGGAAAUGAAUGGUUCGUUCUUGUCGGAGCAGUGGCUUGUGGAUUGUCUGCCGGUCUUUUCUGGGCCUCCGAAGGCGCUGUUGCCCUAGGAUAUCCGGAACCAGCCAAACGCGGUAGAUACAUGAACAUCUGGCUUUGGUUCCGCACGGGUGGUCCUAUACUGGGCGGUGCCAUUGUGCUUGGAAAAAAUAAUUCUGCGAAUGCAAAGAGCAAGGGAAAGGUCGAUCCAAAGACAUAUCUCAUCUUCGUUGCAUUGCAAUGUGUUUCGGUCCCUCUAGCACUCUUCCUAUCGCCACCGGAGAAAGUCCAACGCAAUGAUGGAAGCAAAGUCAAGAUCGUUAUCCAGAAUUCAUUGCGUGCUGAGAUGCGAGAGCUUUUCAAGCUGUCGAUGCGAAAGGAGGUUCUUCUACUGUUACCAGUAUUCUGGGCCGGUUAUUUUAACCAAUAUAGCUCAAACUUCGAAACAUACUACUUCGGUGUUCGAGCUCGUGCUUUGAUUGGAUUUGUCUCCAACUUCGCAAACCUCUUCUCAUCCGGAAUUAUCAGUCGAUUUUUGGAUUACCGAGGCAUUUCGAUCAAGCAACGGAUUAUCUACAGUUACUUUUACGUGAUCAUCGUGCAUAUCAUCGUGUGGGUGUACGGCUGGGUGGUUCAAGAGCAAUUUACCGCGAUCUCACCUGUAUAUGACUGGUCCGAUAAGGGCUUUGUUAAGGGUCUUUUUGUCAUUCUACUUUGGCAAUUCUCCCAACAAGCACUGCAGAACUGGCUGUACUACCUCAUUUCGACGAUGACUGAUAAUAUUUCCGAGUUAUCUCGCCUUUCCGGUAUCCUCCGUGGCCAAGAGAGUUUCUCCCAAGCCGUCUCAUUCGGACUUAACACCCGGGACUGGUAUGGAGGCAGAGUUCCCCUAGCCGUGAAUACAAUUCUUCUUGGACUCGCGGUGUUGCCUACUUGGCUGGUUAUUCAGAGACAUACUCCCAUUGAGCAUGAUAAGAAUGAAACUAGAAGUGAGAGUCAGAGUCAGGAUGAAGAGCAGGGGGUUGUGGAAAGUGUCAAUGUUGCUGGGAAAUGGUCUUGA